AUGGCCUACACAAAAGCUCUAUACGUCUUCUUCUUCCGUUUACUACUUUUAAUCAACCUCCUUAGUGUUUCAUUUUGCGAUGACGCCGCCGUCAUGUCUAAGCUCUUAGCCGCGCUCUCUCCGGCGCCCUCUGGCUGGUCCAACUCUACACAUCCCUGUACGUGGGGUAAUGUCUCGUGCGAGUCCGGCAAUGUGGUCAACAUCAGCCUCGCCUCUCAGUCCCUCUCCGGCAAGCUCCCUUCUGAGCUCACACACCUCGCGUCUCUCCGAUUACUUUCUGUCCAGCAAAACUCCCUCUCCGGGCCCUUGCCCUCUUUCGCUAAUAUGUCCAGCCUCGGAGAGCUCUACUUAAACAGCAAUGAGUUCAGCUCAAUCCCCCAAGAUUUCCUCUUGGGUCUUCCCAGUUUGCAGAUUUUCAACAUUUCCAACAAUGGCAAGCUCAGCCCAUGGCAAAUUUCUAGUUAUUUGGCUGAAAGCACAUGGUUGGAAUCUUUCUCCGCGAGCAAUGCCAGUAUCACCGGCGUCAUUCCUAAUUUCUUCGAUUCUACCCCUAACCUGGAUUUAUCCUACAAUAACCUCACCGGGUCUCUGCCUGGGUCGUUUGGGAGCUCGGAGAUACAGAAUUUGUGGCUAAAUAACCAACAACAGGGGCUCUCCGGGACUAUUGAUGUGCUUUCCUCAAUAACCCAACUCAACCAAUUACGGCUUCAGACCAAUGCCUUCACGGGUCCGAUCCCUGACCUUUCCAAAUGCAUAAAUCUCUUCGAUUUGCAGCUCAGAGACAACCAAUUUACCGGGGUUGUACCAGUUUCCAUAAUGGGUCUUAAAUUUGUGGGAAUUACUCUUCAGAACAACAAUUUGCAGGGUCCCAUACCAGAUUUUGUAUAUAACUUCAAGAUAGGUCUUGGUAAUGGUUUCUGUAAGGAUACACCUGGACCUUGUGAUCCACAGGUCACUGCACUUCUUGCUGUUGCUGGGGGUUUUGGGUAUCCAAUCACGCUCGCCCAAUCUUGGGUAGGGAAUAAUGCGUGCAACUGGUCAUCUAUAUCUUGUGAUGGACAUGGGAAUGUGAUUACUGUGACUCUUAGAAAGCAGGGGUUUUCAGGUACUAUUUCACCCGCUAUUGCCAAUUUGACUUCAUUGAGGAACCUAUAUUUGAAUGAUAAUAAUCUUACUGGCCCAAUCCCGGAGAGCUUGACUUCUUUGCCUCAUCUUCAAGUCCUACAAGUGUCCAAUAACAAUUUGUCUGGGCCUAUUCCUGUUUUUCCACCUUCUGUAAACUUUUCUCAUAGCGGCAACUUAUUUCUACUGGGUUCAGGCCAGAAUUCAGAUGCUCCCAUCCCCAGUAUCCAUCCAUUUUUUGGCAAUUCAAAUGGGUCCUCCAUUUCAGCUGGAAUGUUUGCUGGUGUGGUUAUAGCUGUUGUUAUUGUUGUUGUGGUUGUAUUUUUUGUCUCUUACAAGUGUUACACGAAGCGGCAGCAUAAGAUGAAAGUCAGUGUAAAGGGCAUUGCUGUUUCGACUGAGAUAAAGAAACGGGACAUAGUUGAUUGCGGGAGAACUUUUCAUGUUCACGAAGAUGGAAACAUUGCUAUUCCCAUCCAAGUUCUUGAAAAAGCCACAAACUUUUUUAGCCAAGAAAAUAUGUUGGGGAGCGGAGGAUAUGGAGUGGUAUAUUUGGGUGAACUUGAUGAUGGAACUAAGGUAGCUGUGAAAAAGAUGAAAGAUGGGGCAACGCUUACUAAAGGAAUGAAUGAAUUCCAAGCAGAAAUUGCGUUUCUUACCAAAGUUAGGCAUAGGAAUCUAGUUGCAUUAAUUGGUUAUUGUAUCAAUGAUAACAAUAGGCUUUUGGUGUACGAGUAUAUGCCACAAGGUACAUUGGGUCAUCAUUUAUUUGAAUGGGAGAAGCAUGGCUUUGAUCCUCUAACUUGGAAGCAAAGGGUGACAAUUGCAUUAGAUGUGGCCAGGGGAAUCGAAUAUCUUCAUAGUUUGGCUCAUCAAAGUUUCAUUCACCGAGACAUAAAGUCCUCAAAUAUUCUUCUUAGUGAUGACAUGAGAGCCAAGGUCGCAGAUUUUGGAUUGAUUAGAAAGGCUUCAAAUGACAAAUCUUCUUUUGAGACGCUAGUGGCUGGAACAUUCGGUUAUCUUGCACCUGAAUAUGCUACAACAGGACGAGCCACAAACAAAGUAGAUGUGUAUGCAUUUGGAGUUGUUUUAAUGGAGAUUCUCACCGGCAAAAAAACAGUAGAUGAGACGUUGCCUGACGAGACGUGUCACUUGGUCACAUGGUUUCACAAGAUUAUUAUAAGAAAAGGUCACAGCCUUCGAAACGCUAUCGACCCAACUCUUGAUCUUGAUGACCAAACAUUUGAGAGCAUUUCUAAGGUUGGAGAGCUGGCAGCUCACUGCACUACUAACAAAUAUUUUCGACGACCAAAUAUGGAACAUGUUGUUAAUGUUCUUGGUCCCUUUGCACAGAAGUGGAAGCCUUUGAGACCAGAAGAAAUAGAGGAAAAGUAUGGUGGUCUUGACCUUCACAUGAGCCUUCCUCUUGCGUUUGACGACUCAUCCAUUCAAAGCUUGUCUUUUACAGAAGCCCAACUCAAUGAAAAUCGUCUCAAUCAAAGUGCACAAUUUUAA